AUGGAUCUCGUUUCGUGGACCUUCGGCGGCAACCUGCCUGACCCCGACAAACCAAUCUUGAUAGAUGCUCUGUCGCCGUCCACUUCCUAUUCCUAUAAUCAGAUUGUCUCCAAGACCCGUCAACUGAUAGCUGGUCUGCGGGCCCAAGGCAUUGAGCCUGGCGACUGCGUGUGUGUUAACUGUUUCAACGAUCUCAACUACUCUGUCCUCUACCUGGGUAUCAUCGGCGCUGGCGCCAUCUUCACUGGUGUCAACCCGGCUUUCACUCCCAAUGAACUCAGCCACCACUUCAGCCUGACAAAGCCGAGCCUGCUCAUUGUUGAGCCUAAAAUGCUGGAGAAGACCCUCACAGCUGCCAAGCAAGCCGGCAUUGCAACCGACCGCAUCUACGUCUUCGACACCGAGACGGAGAACCCUGACCCGUCGAUUCUCAGCUGGAACGCGUUGCUCGAGCAUGGCGAGGCUGAUUGGGUCAGUGUUGAGAGCCCCCACGAGACUGUCGCGUCGUACAACUCGACCAGUGGCACGUCUGGGCUACCCAAGGCUGCCAUGAUUACUCACUCGUACCAUGUAUCGCAAGCAGCUUCGCAGUGUGUCGAGACCGACUAUACUCGCUCUCGUCUCCUGACCCUGCCACCUUUCCAUGCUUUCGGGUCGCCUAUUCUGCCCUCAAGCAUUCGGCAAGGCAUCCCCACUUACAUCAUGCGCCGCUACGCAGAGGCUCCCUUCCUCAACGCCAUCGCCCAGUACGGCAUUAGCGAGACGUACGUUCCGCCGCCAGUGCUCAUGGCUCUGCCCAAGUCCACACUAGCAACGCGCGAGGGCCUCAACAGCCUGCGAUCCAUCUGGAUGGGUGGAGCGAGCGUUAAAUUUGCGCAACAAAAGCCGUUGUAUGAUCUCCUUCACGAGGACGCAUGCAUUCGCGGAGUGUGGGGGAUGACCGAGUCCGGCUGGAUCACGUGUGUGCAAGAUCGCACAAGGCGCGAGGAUGACAGCGUCGGCCAACCACUCGAAGGCUUCGAAAUCAGAAUCGUCGACGAGGACGGUGAGCCCAUCACUGAGGACCAUGUCUCGGGCGAGAUUCUCGCUCGUGUCCCGCAUCCUCUCUUGUCCUACAUCUCCAACCCCGUCGCCACCGCCAACGCCUUCACUCCCUGCGGCAACUACGUCUGCACCGGCGACAUCGGCUACCGCGUGACCGACCCCGAAACGGGCGUCCCGUCGAUGUUCAUUGUCGACCGCGCCAAGGAGCUUAUCAAGGUGCGCGGCUGGCAGGUGUCGCCGACGGAGGUCGAGUCGGAGCUGAUGCAGCACCCGGGCAUCGCCGACGCCGCUGUCAUCGGCGUCAAGGAGGCAGAUGGCGUCGAGGAGUUUGCUCGCGCCUACAUCGUGCGCAAGGUUGUGUUCAGCACUGCCGACGAGCUGCUUAUCGACGACAAGGUGCUGCGCACCUGGCUCCGCGAGCGCCUUGCUGGCUACAAGGUGCCUGCCGAGUUCGUCUUUGUCCCCACCGUCCCGCGCAACGGCACCGGCAAGAUCCUCCGCCGUGUCCUGCGCGAGACCGAGACUGCCACCAAGCCUGCUGUCGUUGCGCCUGUCCACAAGCGCGUCGACUCGGCCAUGUCGGGCCUGGGUGUUUCCAACGACCCGCUCGGAAGCAACCCCGUCGCGUCCGACGACAGCGCCGCACCCAUCGGCCAUGCGCUUUCGACCGUCCGCUCGCAAGUCGAGAUGGGCGCCGCCGAUGCCGAAGCCGAGGCCCCGGUCGCUACUGCUGCCCCUACCGUUGCGGAGGAAGACCACCUGCCCAUCACCAGCACUCCUCCCGCAGCGGACCGCAAGGUCUCCGUCACCACGACCAUCAGCACCACCAGUGCGCCCGCACCUGCUGCCGAUGCCGACGAGGCCUCCCCUUCGUCCUUCCCGGAGAAGACGGAGUACGACCAGAAGAAGCCGGCUUCCAUCCGCCGCAAGCUCAAGAAGCUCGCCUCCAAGAAGGACAGACUCGUAUCCCGCGUCAUGGCCAGCUGGACCCAGUCGAUGCGUGUCGUGCGCUGCGAGUUUGCCAGCUUCAGGCGCUAA